UAUGCCAACUGAAGAUAUCAUGAGAUGCUGUUCUGUUUGUGUUCUACAGUUUAGGAUCGCAGUACCGCGAAAACAAAUACAUCUAUGGCCAUGGUGCUCAUUUCUGAUGUGGCCAUGACAAGAAUUGAACAGUUCUUCUUGGGUAUAUGUGUUAAAAUGCGGUCGGAUGCACAGGGGAAAAGUCAAUAGACGGAUAGUAUUAAAUCCGUAAUAGGAAUCGAGUUGCGUGUGAAAUGUAAUUUCCUAAUACGAAUGUAUAGUGAGAUGUGUCGAAACGAAAGAAGUGAUGCUACUCUUGCGUAUGUUCGCGAUACGGACACGUACCUUUUUUCCAUUUUUAUUUGAAUUUUUAUAGUUAGUAAGAACGGUACCUAAUUUAAAGAGAAACUUAAAAAACAAUGUAACAUUUAUAUUCUGUUUCCUCUUCUGAAAUAUGUGACAGCGUUCUUUCCUUUGCGCAUUUUAAUCGAGAACAAUUUUCAUUAAAAGCAUUUUGUUGUAGGCCUUUCACUGAAAGAUGAAUAUUGACAUGGCUUCAUGGAAAUAAACACCAGUUCGACAGUUGAUGACUAGCCUAGUUGCAGUAUGUUGUACAUGUGGAUGACGUAACAGUUUUUGACGAUGUUUGUGUAUAUAAUUUCGUCCACAGUGAAAAAAAACUCAUUGCCAAAUAUUCCACAUUAAAUAGCGUCACAAGUAAUUUUUCUUUCCGUUUCAACGCUGUAGAAAAAUAAUGAAACCAGAAGCUUGGAGGGAAGUUGCCUGCAGAUCCCGGCAGCAAGCUGAAUUGUACUUUCAGAAGCAGAAUUUUGGAAGAGCAUUUGCUCAUUUCCUUGUUGCAUUGAAACUCAAUCCUCAGUGGAAACCGGAACUCAAAGAGCAGUUUUCAUUAUGUCUAUGCUCAUGGGGCAAUAUUCUUGAAUCACAAAACCGAUACACAGAUUUAUUCAACUGUUAUGAACAGGCAUUGGAGGUAUUUGGGGACAAUGACGCUGUUUUAAAUAACCUUGGUGCUCAUUUAUACAGGUCAAAUCAUCUGAAAGAGGCAUUACACUACUUCAAAAAAGCAGUUGAUGUGAAUACAGAUAAUCUGCAAGCCCUCCGUAAUUUACAAAGUGUGAAGAAUCUGUUGGUGGAAAGAUGGCACUUUCGUAUGCUAAAUGACUCUUCACGAAACAAAGCAUACAGAGAUGCAAUCAUUAAAAAAGUCAGUCAGGGCUUUAAUUCUGUAUUGGACAUUGGUACAGGCACAGGCAUUUUGAGCUUAUUUGCUGUUGAAGGUGGGGCAAAAGAAGUCUUUUCAUGUGAUGUCUCUGAGACAAUGAUCAACAUAGCAGAAAAAGUCAUUUCAGCCAACAAUGCAAGUGGCAAAAUCCGUCUGAUAAACAAAAUGUCAACUGAUAUAAGGAUACCUGAAGAUAUUCCAAACAGGGUCUCUUUGGUGGUGACUGAGAUUGUAGAUGCUGGCUUGGUGGGAGAAGGAAUAUUGCAAACACUUUCACAUGCAUCAUCAUCACUCAUGGCCCCAGGGGCGCAAGUGAUACCCUGUGGUGCAUUCUUAAGGGUCGUGGCCAUCUCCAGCCACUACAUUGCAUCCUGUUACCGUGCUUCCAUGAGCUCAAUGGAGCCUGUGUUGAUUGCUGAAAUUGAUGGGCCCUAUGACAGUGAUGACAUAACGCAUGUACCCAGAGGAACCAGGGUACUGACGGAAGUGGCAUCAGCCUUGAACAUUGACUUCAUGAACCAAGAACAAUUAAGAAAAUUAAUACAGUGUGACAGUGUGUUCUCAUGUGCUGCAAAGUGUGUGGCUGAGGGAAAUAUUGAUGCUGCUGCUGUUUGGUUUGAACUUCAUUUGGAUGAUGACAUUGUAUUGUCAUCAGCUCCAGGCAGUAAUAGCUGCUGGGAACAGGCAAUAUUCCCUGUCAAGAGACCUUUGCACAUUUCCCCCAACCAAAUGAUAAACUUUGAGGUCAAGCUUUCUGGAAGAAAACUGUGUGUUGACAUCAGUGUAACUGAUGAAAUUGAGGUCAUACAAUCAAACAAAACUCAGGAAUUGGAGCACAAUCUAUCAGUGCAACAAGAAGAUCCACAGAAAUCAACUUCUAAAAUUCAUGAAAUGUUAAAUGCAGUGCAGUUACAGCAUGAUGGGAACAUAUAUGUUUCACAAGAGCUUGUGAAGAGUCUUAAUGAUUCUCACUGGAUAAGUGCAGUGAGAAAUGUGUGCAAGAUGACUGAAGUGGUUUGCAGCCAAAAAGUAUUAGAUAUGUCACAUUUUCCUAUGUUGGGUCUGAGUUUACUUGAAGAACAAAAAGAUAAUUCAUCUGACACAGACAGCAGUCUGGUUUGUAUAACACGAAUACCUGGUGAUGAAUUAGCAAUUAGGACAUGGGCAAAAAUUCAUGGAAUAAACAAUUCUCUCAUAAAAUGCAUACGUGAACAUGAGAUCAGUGAUUUAGAGUCAAGUGGACAAACAUUUGAUCUCAUUAUGACUCAACCCUUUGAAACAACUGGUGAGCUGAGAGAGAAAACAUUUAAUUCACUGAGCACAAUCAGGAAACUUUUGAAUAGAGAAGGCAUUCUGUUACCUAAGUCUAUUUCUGUAGACUGUAAGUUAGUACAGUCUGAAUGGAUUAAAAAGGUAUCAGGAGUACGUGAUAUCAGUUGCACAUGUGGGUAUGAUAUCGCUGAUUUCAUCAAUGAGUACCAGGUAUCUCAACAUCUUGACUUCAAUCUGGACACAACUGAAAUGCAGGAUUUAAGUGAAACAGCCACAGUGUUGGAGAUGACUCUCAUUGAAAAUCUGGAUGGCCUUAUUACCAAGGAUCUAACUGUUCCAGUUGUUGCAUCAGGCUGUGUAAAUGCUAUACCAUACUGGUUCAGAAUACAGUUUCUCCCAGGUGGACCAGAAUUUUCAACACUACAUAUAGGUUCUUUUGUGAAGCAAGCUGCUGUUUUGGUAGAACCGGAAUUGUGUGUAGUAAAGAACCAGAAGGUCCAUUUGACAGUGAAACAGUUUCAGAGCAUAUUACAUAUAGAGCUUGAAGAACAGUGAAAUGAAAAUAAAUAUCUUCAAUUUUUUGUAAAUUAUUAUCUAUGGUAAAGACAUUAAUCAGUAAACAUGCCUCAUAAAGCUCUUAUGCAAUUGGAGAUAGUAAGGAUCAGUAAACCAAAGGCAGAGAGGAAACCAUGCUAACCGAAUACUGCUAUACUUGUGCCAACCCAAAAACUCAAAAUAUGUUCAGUAGAAGCAGGAGGCAAACAGAUAAAUAAAUUGAACAAGACAGUUAGAAAUUAGUAAGUAUUACCAUCUAAGGUAGUCCCGAAUAAAUUUAUCAUACUUAUACAAUUCCAGUUGCUGCCACGUGUUCAGUAUGGGAUACAAUAACAAUAAUUAGUACUACAUCAGCGUCUCACAAAAGGAAUGCUAGGUUCAAUGAUCUGUUAACAUUCCGAAGUGCAACAAUAAUACUUCCAUCAAUUGACAAUUGUAGCAAAAUAGUUUCAUAAUAUCAACAUUUAAAUAUACGCACUAAACAUAAGAUGGUGUACAAUAAAGAAUUUUACUGUCUCAAAUAACAGUAAAAUAUGAUAACAAAAAUAAUCCAUUUUUGACAAAAUAAUUUAAUUGGGUGGAUAAAAAAUCUACUCACCAAGCAGCAGCAGAACACACACAUAACAGAAGGCUGUAAUUAGGCAAGCUUGCAAAGCCAGUGGCUCCUCUUUCACGCAGAAGGGUUGAAGAGGAAGGAAGAGGGAUGAAUAAAAAGGACUGGAGAGUUCUAGGAAAGGGGGUAGAUUUUUGGGAAAGUCACCCAGAACCACAGGUCAGGAGAGACUUACUACACGGGAAUUGUUUAAAUUACAGUAAAAGUAACACCUCUAUUGGCGUGCAAUAAAGAAUGUUAUUGCACCUAAGUACAGCAAAAAUAAUAGAGUUAUUGAUAACAAAAUUCACCCAAGAAAUGAAAAAAAAAAAAAAAAAAAUCGUCCUUUCAAUUAUACCUACAGGAAGUUCCACAGUUGCUGUUAGUUUCUAGAGGCUAUAGAUGAUACUUAAUAUUUAUUUAUCUCUUUAUGCAUCCAUAGACAAUAAAUAUUAUAUGAGCAUUGUGCAAAUGACCAUAUAAAUUUUAUGUGAAACCAUUACAAAAAAAAUGGAACAUACAAAUCUAUAUAAUAUAUAAUAUAAUGUAUAACACAAUGCACACGAAAUAAUAUAAAGUGAUAUAAUACAUAGCAAUACAAAUUUAUCUACAUAUAUACUGCUGUUAUUAAAAACCAUUGUCAGUUCUUUAUAGGUCUUUACUUUUGUCUUCUGCAGCCAGCAAAUCCUUUUAUGCGCAAUAAUGAUUCAGUAAGAUUUUACAUUUGACAAGAGCUGCCUGUUAGAUAUGUAGAUAUAAUGAAAAUGUUAAGGGGCAAAAGACAGUAUUUUUGGUUUUGGCUUAAUACAAACAGGACCCAAAAAAAUGUUACUGGUCGACACAAUCACACAGUGACUAACAACAUUGUUCCAGUAGAAUUUUUUUUUAAAUUUUGCUUUAACUUUAUAUUCAUCAUGCAGAUUUCUGAUUUAGACUGUCAGUCUGUUGUAAAGCUUAAUGUGGACAUGCUCAUAAGCCUUUGUAGUUUAGUUCUUUUUGUUUGCUGUGUAUGAAAUGCUGUUGUCGUAUUUCGGGCAGUGUAACUACAAAAGUCAGCAUUUGUCUGAAACAAUCCAAGGUAAUACCAGAUAUAUAAAACACAUUUGUAUUUGUAUAGUAAAGAUAUUGUUAGCUUUUUAAGCUUUCUCAAUACGGGUUUCCAGCA